UUUAUCCAAAAAAUAUAGUUCCUUAUCACUGGUCCACAGUUGUUUGGAGCAGUGAAUUGAGCGCCGUUUGUUUUGUCUGCGCGUGAACGCGUCUUCCGUGAGGGGCGUGGACGCGCCCAGCCCUGAGCGCACAGUGCGCGUGCAGCAGGCGCAACAGACAGCAGUGUGCGCCGCGAAACUCCAAAACAAAGUAAAAAUGGGGCUUGAAAAAGAAAAAAUGGAGACCAGUGUCAUUAUGGAUGAGGAUGAAUUCAAUAGAUCGAUUGAACCGAUACUUGGAAAAAAAACGAACGUGUAUUCAGAGGACCCGGACAGAGAUCCUAAAGAUAUUAACACUCAUCUAAAGGUAGGUGACAACGCGAGACUUACUUUUGGUUUUGAAGACAUCAUUGCUGAGCCCAUCUCCACACACAGCUUUGACAGAGUUUGGAUCGGCAGCCAUGCUGUGUUCGAGCUGGUGAAAUACAUCUUCUACCGGAUCCUCACCACGUUUCUUGCCAUUCCCAUGGCGUUCAUUGCAGGGAUUGUUUUCGGGAUCCUCAGCUGCAUACAUAUUUGGGUGGUGAUGCCAGUGAUCCAGGGCUGCAUGAUGACACUGCCCUCCAUCCAUGUGAUCUGGACCAGCCUGAUGGACAUGUUUAUAGGGCCGUUCUUCUUCAGCAUCGGCCGCUGCUUGUCGUCCGUCAAUGUCAAGACUGUGCAAAACUGACCAACUCUUAACUCAGUGUAGAAGUGUUGAAGAAUCUCUUUGACACAAUGUUUUGGCCUUUGGCCUUUUGGAGGAUUAUUAGCUGAAGGAUCAUUAUCCUUGACUUCUGAAGAGAAUAGAAAGAGCUUUUCUUUCAAUUCUGUGCACAAUUGCAACAUUCAUUCCGUUGUUUCACUACUGACUUGUCAGCCUUGUACUGGGCAUCGUCAGUACUGACAUGCUUUUUCACUUCUGUUCUGUAAGUCUUAUUAGCCUUUUAUAUUAUAUAUAAUGCAAGACAUUUCAAAGAUUAUAAUGAACUGAUUAAGAUGGAUACUCUGCAGUGAAUGGGUGCCAUCGGAGUCCACAAUAAUCCACAAGUGCACCACAUGACUCCAGUCCUUUGAUUCACAGUGAAAAGCUGUGUGCUUGUAAUAAACAAAUAAAUUAAUAAUUGAGACGUUUUUACCUCCAAACUGUUGCUUAAAGUAUGAGUCCAAAAUUCAUAAUAUUGCUUCUUCAGUGAAAAAAAAAUUAUGGACUUGUUUAUUACAAACAAACAGCUUUUUGCUUUACAAUAUGUUAUUUGAAGACUGAAGUUUUGUGGAUUACUUGAGGAUUAUUGUGAUGUUUUUAUCAGCUGUUUUGACUCUUAUUCUGAUGGCACCCAUUGACUGCUGAAGGUCCAUUGCUGAGCAAGUUCAGGAAUGCUAAAAAAUUCCUCAAGAUUUGUUCGAAAGAAGAAACUCAUCUUCGAUUGCCUGAGAGUGAGUAAAUUGUCAGCAAAUGUUCAUUUAAAGAUGACCUUUAAGGAAAAGACAUUGUGUUACUACAUGAUAUAUAAUAUUGCAUUAAGCGCAUGAUGUGCUUGUAAGGGAAAAAUGAUGCAGCUACUUUUAAUUGGGCUGUAGUGUUUUCUGAGUUGAUAUUUAUAUAGUUUGGAAUCAUUUCCAAAUCAAGAAGAGUAAAUUAAAUGAUUUGAUGGGAUUUUAGUGUAUAAAUUAUUUAUGGUGGUACAUUCCUAUUAUAAAGAGCAUUUCUAUACAAAUAUAACUCUUUUUUUCUGUAUUAAUGACUUCUUUUCAUAAUGAUAAAAAAGGAGCCAAAUGGCGAUUAGUUUGACAUGCAAAGCCACAUUUGACAUGCUGUUUGCCAUUGAUUGUUAGUGGCUCCGAGGAGUAAAUGGAAUAUUUGACUGUGCAAUGGAACAUGAGAGGCUCAGGUGCCGUUUCCUCACCCCUGUUGAAUGAUGUCAUGUAGCAAACAUGCUGAACACAGCUCAGCUUAUGAAAGACAGAACUAAAUGUCUCUCAGUGCAGCAAAUAAAAUUAUUUUUGGGAGUUAAA